GUAAGAGACAGUGGAGUAAUGUUCAGAGAGAAACAGAGUGAGGUUGAUUGGCUUGGUAUGCGCUGCCAUGGUGAGAGAGGGGAGAGAGAGGGGUUUGGUUUGGUACGCAAUGCAUUCCGUGAAAGGGAAAAAGAAGGGGUUAGUGGGAAAAGGGUCACCUUAAUGGCGGUUGUUGGGGUGUCAAAAAUGGAAAAGAGACGAUUACUCUUUGUCACGAACAGAGAAAGCAAAACUUUCCCCAACUUUUUCACACGUUCUCCGCCAUCCCAUCCUUCUCUCUCUCACUCUCUCUCUCACGGCUGCUCUAAAGGAGAAAAGCAAGCAACAUUACGAUGGAGCCACCACCCACUUCUCCCCUUUUAAUCCUUCCUCGGACUUUGGGUCCUUUCACAUGCAUGGGUAGGUGGCAUGGCAUAAGAGGUGGUGUCAUUUUUCCUCAUUUCGCCGCUCUUCCUCACAGGUUUUACUUUCGCUCUCCUCUUUUAAUACCCAUUCCCUCCCUCCCUGGUAAGUUCUGCUCUCUUAACCUUUUUCUCCUCCUUUCUCUUGCUUUAUUUUUGAACCCAACAUUCAGAUUUUUCUCGGCAUUCAUAGCACACCCCAAUAUUUUUAAUUCAGAUAGUUAUUCAGUUCCAUCAUGGUUUUAAAUUACCUGGUCUGUUUACUAUUUAAAACUGUUAGCUAUAUCAAAAACUUUGCAACUUGUAGCUUAUGAAGUCUACUGAUUGAUGAAUGUUCUUUUUUUUUUUUUUUUUUUUUUUUUUUUUCUUUUUUUUUUUAAAAAAAGUUUUGCAAACAUAGUUUCUCAUCUAAUCUUAAAAUAGUGAAAUAACGCUGUUCGCCCUUUGUUUGUGUUUCACCAAUGGUUAUCUAAUGUCUGCAAGGAAUAUGGUGGUGGAUAUAUUGUGAUAGAAGCAGAAAUUUUGGUUGCCUUUUCUUUCUUUUUCACAUCAGUUACGAAGUACACUACCUUUUGCUACAUGUUUCUUAAAUUUUGAUAGUAUGUUUGGUAUGCGAGCACAGGAUUCGAACUUGUGAGCUGGAAGUUGAGAAAGAGGGCUUGAUGGAUUGAAAUCCAUGUUUAUUUUCUGGAGAAAAAACUAUAUCUAAUUUUACUGUAUUAACUUUUUUCUAUAAAAUAUUUGUGUAGUUAUUGUCACUGGCAGGGAAUGAAGGCAUCGGCACAUGCAUACAUGUUUUACUCCAUGAAUAGAGCAUUUUUGGCAUUGGCUUUUGCCAAGGAAUGACUAGCUUGUGAGAUUAUUGAGAGCUGCCUAUCUAAUAAUAAGCAUGGCUAAUCCUCGAAUAUUGGCAUUCUACAUCACAAUCUGUUGUGUGUCCUUUGUUAUAUCCAAGAUUGUAAUUUCAGUCCUCCUAUACUGGAGAUGGUCCAGAAAAAAGCAGGUUUUUGAGGAUAGUACCUCAGGUGGGAAGAUGGUAAUGUUCAGGUCUCCAGUGAUACAAUCACUCACCUCGGAGGUCUUUCUCAAGAAGACAAUGAAGUUGUCCAACAAGGACAUUAUCGGGUUUGGCGGCUUUGCAACAGUUUACAAACUGGUCAUAGAUGAUUCUACUGCUUUUGCAGUCAAGAAGCUGAACCGUAGUAGCCUUGGUAGGGACACUGGAUUUGAAAGAGAGCUCGAGGCAAUGGGAGACAUAAAACAUAGAAAUAUUGUUACUCUUCAUGGCUACUAUACAGCCCCUCAAUUCAAUCUUUUGAUAUGUGAGCUUAUGCCCAAUGGAAGCUUGGAUGCGCAUCUUCAUGGAAAAGUAUCUGAGAGAAAGAUUCUGCAUUGGCCUUUGAGGUAUAAAAUCGCAAUGGGUGCUGCUCGAGGCAUAGCCUACCUUCAUCAUGAUUGCAUUCCACAUAUUAUUCAUAGAGACAUAAAGUCCAGCAACAUCUUGUUAGACAAAAACAUGGAGGCCCGGGUUUCUGACUUUGGACUUGCCACAUUGAUGAAACCUGAUCAGACACAUGUUUCAACAUGUGUUGCAGGGACAUUCGGUUAUUUAGCUCCCGUGACAGGCAUCUUGUUUGCAGAAUAUAUUGAUACUGGAAGGGCAACAGAAAAAGGAGACGUAUACAGCUAUGGGGUCCUCUUACUGGAGAUAUUAACUGGGAAAAGACCCACGGAUGAGACAUUUAUUGAGCAUGGCUCCAAACUAGUGAACUGGGUGAAAGCAGUGGUGGAAGAGGGGAGAGAGGUAGAUGUGGUUGACAGAGAACUGGUAAAUGUUUCCAUCGAGGAGAUUAAAAGUGUUUUCGGUAUUGUUAUCAAGUGUUUGGAUCAAGACCCCUCCAAAAGACCAACCAUGGGUGAGGUUGUCAAGAACCUUGAACAGGGAAAAUUAGUUUUAGAGGUCUGUACUUAAAUUUCUAUUCUUUCAUGUAGGUGGUGAUCAUUUAGAAGGAUUGAAGACCCAGCAGAAUGAAUAGUGAUCACCAGAUCCUCAUGUUUGUCCUGGAAAUAUAGCGUUUGAAAGAGGAUAAUAGGCAAUUUCAUUGUUAAUGUACUUAUCUUUAAACGAAAAUUCUAUAACAUUAAGUUAUUGAACAAAUAAAGUUAAAGGGAAGAAGCUUUUUUAAAAA